CAAAGUAGGGAGCGGGAGAGAGAGAGCGACAGAGAGAAGUACUGUAAGUGCUCUGCUGUGAUACAUACAAGCGUAGACUCUUACUAAGAAGAAAGUUUUGUUCAACUUGGUUCAUCAUGGAAGGAAUUGAUCUUUCUUUGCUGAAAUCGCUCAGUCGGCCAGAAUUGUUUGAAUUUGAAGGCAUCUCUAUGGUUCAGUACUUCACUGACAACUGGGAGAAUAUUCAGAACUUCAAGGCAAGACCAGAUGACAUCCUCAUUGCUACUUACCCCAAAGCAGGGACCACCUGGGUGUCCUAUAUGUUGGAACUUCUCUAUUUCGGCAAUACAGAACCCGAGCGUCAGACCUCAAUGCCCAUCUACAUCAGAGUGCCUUUCCUUGAGUCGCUCUUCCCUGGGAUGCCUUCAGGGGUUGAACUGGCAGAUAAUUUACCCACCACUCCACGACUCAUUAAAACUCAUCUACCUGUUCAGUUGGUGCCCAAGUCCUUCUGGGAACAGAACUGCAAGGUUGUCUAUGUAGCUCGUAAUGCCAAGGACAAUGCUGUGUCUUAUUUCCACUUCGAGCGCAUGAACAUGGGACAACCUGACCCAGGAGACUGGAACACCUUUCUUCAGAGGUUCAUGGAAGGAAAGAAGGUGUUUGGACCUUGGUAUGAUCAUGUGUGUGGCUACUGGGAGAAGAAGCAGACGUACUCUAAUCUUCACUACAUGUUCUUUGAGGACAUGGUGGAGGACACAGGGCGUGAGGUAGGGCACUUGUGCUCCUUCCUUGGUUUAUCUACAGCAAUAGAAGAGAGGGAGAGGAUUACAAAAUCCACUCACUUCGAUGCUAUGAAGCAAAACAAGAUGACCAACUAUUCUACAGUCCCAAUCUUGGAUUUUACAAUCUCACCUUUCAUGCGCAAAGGUAAAGUCGGCGACUGGAAGAAUCACUUCACUGUGGCUCAGAAUGAGCAGUUUGAUGAACACUACAAGCAGAAGAUGAAGAACACAACUUUACAGUUCCGCACAGAGAUUUAGGACAACAUGAGACCUCAGAAUUUAAAUGUGAAUGUUAAUCCAAUUUAUUCAAGGGCAUCCUUGUGCACAUUAUCCAUACUGUUUAAUGCAGCAUAUACUGUAUGCAAUAUUAUGAGAAAUUGUGUUUUUUGUUUGUUGUUUUUUAUAUAUGCAAUACUGAUUGAAAUAAAUCAUUUGGUUGAA